AUGAGAGAACCAAUCGAAACUAACAACGGAUCACCUCCACCACCACCUCCACAAGCUUUGUUGGAGAGGCUCAAAGAUUACGGCCAGGAAGACGCUUUUGCCCUCUGGGACGAACUCUCUCCCGAGGAGCGAGAACUCCUCGUCAAGGACAUCGAGAGCUUAGAUCUUCCAAGGUUGGAUCGGAUAAUUCGAUGUUCGCUUCGAUCUCAAGGGUUACCGGUGGCGGCAAUUGAGCCGGUGCCGGAGAAUACCGUGUCGACGGUAGAGGAUAGAACAAUAGAAGAAAGAGAGAGAUGGUGGAAGAUGGGAUUGAAGGCAAUCUCUGAUGGCAAAUUGGCUGUUUUGUUAUUAUCCGGUGGCCAGUUGGAAUAUUAUCUUGCAACUGGACACACGGAUGCAUACUCACAUGCAAAUGCACUCAAUAUUGGACUUCCAUCUGGCAAGUCGCUUUUUCAAUUUCAAGCUGAGCGAAUUUUGUGUGUCCAAAGACUAGCAGCUCAAGCUUCAAGUGAAGGUGCAGGUUCUGGUUGUUCAGUUUCAAUACAUUGGUACAUAAUGACCAGCCCAUUUACUGAUGAAGCCACACGAAAAUUUUUCGAAAAUCACAAGUAUUUUGGCCUUGAAGCAGAUCAGGCACGGAAGCUUCGGUAG